ACAAAUAAGCUGAAAUGGUCUUUACUCAAGUCAUAACGUAACGGGCCAAGACGAGUUUAAAAUUCGUUGCUACUUCGUCCGUUAUUGAGGUGCCAGUCUUGAGUUCAAUACUUUUAUUCAAGUUUGUUUACAAAAGGAUCAGAGAGAGUGUUUUUCAUAUGAUUACAAGCUCGACCAGUUGCCAACUGACUUUUUCCCGUCGAACGGCCUAUAUUUGUAAAGGGCCUAAGUAUUGCACUGCUGCCAGGAAAUUGGAUAGACGAAACUGAUGCCCAGUGGAUUGACAAUAACUGUGUUUCUUCUAGAGUUUUUUAAUGCAAGAGCAGAUUUACAGUGAGAGGGCCUUUCCAGUUUGUCAAUCAUUGUGGAUUGUUUAAUGGUUACCUCAAGUUAUUCAUCGUUUGAUGAGAAAUCGGUGUUCGUGUAGUACCCUAAGCUAAAUAAUAUUAAGCAAGAUCGAUUCGGAAAGCAGGAGAAUGGUGACUCCAAAUACUGACAUUGAGAUGGGAGAGGAUCUUGAAUUCACAGACGCUAAAGAGGAAGCUUUGUACUGGCGACAGAUGGCAGAAAAUUACGCUCAAAAAUUACAAGAAAUACGAGAUGAGUAUGAUGAAUUCCAAGAAGGAAGUAGAGAACUAGAAGCAGAACUUGAAGCACAACUUGAGCAAUCAGAAAACAGAAUUAAAGAAUUCAUAGCAAUUAAGCAAAGACUUGAAGAUGAAAACGAUUCAUUAAAGGACAAGCUUGAUUCGACACAAAAUGAAGCUUAUGUUCAGAUAACAGCACUGCAGGAUGACAAUGCCAAGCUAAAGGCAAUCAAAGAUGAAAUGCAAAAAUAUAUUAGAGAAUUGGAACAAAGUAACGAUGAUUUAGAACGAGCCAAAAGGGCCACUGUUUGCUCUUUAGAAGACUUCGAGCAGCGACUAAACCAGGCAAUAGAAAGAAAUGCAUUUUUAGAAAAUGAACUUGAUGAAAAAGAAGAAUUGGUUGUCACUGUGCAGAGACUGAAAGACGAAAGCAGAGAUCUGAAAGCAGAACUUGCUGUAUCAUCAAAAGUCAACCCAGAGACCAAAAAUGCAGUCGAAGAAGCAAAUGAUGAAUAUAAGGAAAACAAACAUUUAAUAGAAAGGAAUACUGAUUCCGUGGAUAAUGCAACAAACACAACUCCAUUGCAAAUAAGGGAAGUACGUGAAAGGUUGAGCGGAAGGGUAGGAAGUACUGGAAGCACACCAAAUAGCUCAUUUGUACCUAAUCCAGCAUUGACACCUUCAGCAAGGAUAUCUGCAUUGAACAUAGUUGGUGAUCUCUUGAGGAAAGUUGGGGCUUUGGAGUCAAAACUCGCUUCAUGUCGAAAUUAUGUGCAGGAUCAUCCCAGAAGCACAAAACCCUCACAUCAUGGGUCACAAAUAGACUCACCAAGAGACCAAAAGAAAUCAGGCAGGCCAUCAAGUCAACAUGGUGUGCAUGGGCUGGUCAAAGUUGUUGUUUGAGAAAAGAUGAUAAAUCAUCUUUCCAGUAACUUAUUCAAGACUUUCUGCAAAAUCACCAUUUGUUAUAAUAGCAAAUACCACAUAAAAGCUACAAAAUGUUGGUUAGUGAUCACAGUUAAUUGUGGCAGUAUAAGCAGUUGUUUCUCUUUUGACUAAAAUACAAACAAAUAUAUUUCCCAGAUGUAACUUUAUAUAUUUAUUAGAAAACAGUCUUUGUUAGCCUGUUUCAAUUUCAAUGAAAAAGUUAAUGAAAAAUUGGUUUUGACAAAAACAAAAGUGAAGUUCUCUUAGUUCUAAUUUACAUCAUAGACAAUCUUUCAUUAGAAUUUUUCAAACAAAUUUUGACAGAAGGUUCCUAAAAAAGGAAAUUUGAAUACUUUUUAGCUUAAUCUGGUGCUUGUUGGAUCUAUCCAAAACCCUUUGGUGUAAAUAGCGAGUAGUAGGAACACCCUUUUUUCCUUCAAAAAUGAGAGUUAAUAUUUUCGUACAUAAUGAGUCAUAUUUGUUGGCGUUCUGAAUCGUUUUAAACUUAUUUGUAGUGUUGUUUAAUUUCUCCAGUUGAUCAAUACCCAGAAUGUUCUUAUAGAUCUUAAAAUGGUACAGUUUGGAGCUACUCAUAAUUUGAAAAUUAUCUGCCAUUUUAUGUAAUUUAUCUUAAUUGACCAUAUG